CGCACGCCAACGCAACAAGGCAAACGAGCUCCUUACACACACACACUCUCUCUCUCUCUCUCUCUCUCUUCCAUUUAGGACUCUGAAUUUGGGAUUUUGGUUUCUAGGGUUUGGUUCUGGUUUCCUCUCCGUAAUCUUCCUCACCACAAAACCCUCUCCUAAUGGGACCAGGAUUUCUCUAAAUCCCUCUUCGUUUUGCUCUAGGUUUCUUCCAACCCCAAUUCGAGUUCUUUAGGGUUUCGGCAUCAAUUAUGAUUGAAAUACUCCCAUCGCCUCUCGUCUUCUCCGUCAUGUUCUUUCUCCAGAAUCUACGCGUCUUCGGUCCUGGUCUCAAUCCCUUGUCCUCCAACUACUGUAUCGCCAAUUACUCUCGCUAAUUCCAUCAAUUUAUCCUUAUCAUGUAAUUUUCGGCCGUCUUUCGAUUUUGGUCUUUUCAGCUUUUCUUGUUCUUCUUUUUCUUGCUUUGCUUUCUUUGAAGAUUGAUCUUCCCGUCUCUCGAUUUUGCGUUCUUUAAAGAUUUGGGUCUGAAGUUGAAUUGAAAAUUUAUAUAUAGAUAUAGAGAAGAAGAAGGAUUCUGAUUUCCGAUUAUGGGACAAGAGCAAAACGAGAUCGGUGAGCUUCGUCGACACUUGUCGAUACGGCGCUCGUUUCGAUCCUCCGGGGUCGGGAGGGAUGAUAGAGGUUGGACUUUGCUUCAUAUCGGUGCGCGAAAAGGCGAUCUCAGACAGGUGAAGAGACUUCUUGAUGAGGGAAUGGACGUGAAUGUGGCUGCUUGGGGCCCCAAAUGUAAAGGGAUAACCCCUCUCCACCUUGCUGCUGAGGGUGGCCACCUUGUAGUAAUGGAUGAACUGCUUGAGCGUGGUGCUAAUAUUGAUGCUAGAACUAAGGGUGCCUGUGGCUGGACUCCACUUCACAAUGCAGCCAAAGAAAGGAGGAGAGAAGCAGUAAAGUUUCUGGUUGAGAAUGGGGCGUUCUUGCCGCCGGACAUAAAUGAUUGCAGGUUUAACCCCCCACUCCAUUACUGUCCUGGCCUUGAGUGGGCUUAUGAGGAACUGGAGCGUCUUCAACAGGAGAACUCAUCUUCAGGGGAGACUUCUUACAGCUCUGAAAGCUGAAUACUAUGUUUAGAGCUUUCUCUGAUUCCGUGCUUUCAUGUGUGCUUGGUCUUGUUACUUUGACAAUAAAGCAGACAACUUGUUCUGUGUCUGCUCUGCGUUUGCACAAAUUCAUUUGGUUGUCGUAUGUUAUAGCGAAACUUGUCAUGGAUUGCUGGAACUCUUGUGUAGUACUAGUCUCUUUCCUACUACAAAAUCGAGGGGACAAAUAUAUGCUAUAAGUAGAAAAUAAUGCACAAGCACUGGACCUAUCUUUUCCUUUUUCAUCAUGUCUGAAAAUAAUGCAUAAGCACUGGACAUAUCUUUCCCUUUUCCAUCAUGUCUUGUAUUUUCUCAAUAGCCUGGCCUUUAAACAGACAACAAAGUGCAGCACAGUUCUAAACCGCUUAAAAA